AUGCCCUCACAGAAGACCCGCGAAGCUCUAGGAGACUGGUCCAUCCUCCUGGACCCGGACCAGAACAUCGACCGCCGCACAUGCACACGCCAAGUCCCCAUGGAGGUGCUCUCCCUCGGCGCACCACGGACAGGCACACUGUCGAUGGCGAGCGCCUUCAAGAUCCUCGGCAUGCCAUCCUACCACUUCGCCAGCAUCGUUGUCAAUUCACGAGACGCCGACAUGUGGCUGGAAGCAAUGGACGCCAAGUACAACCCUUCAACGAAUCGCACAGCGUUCACCAGACGCGACUUCGACCAGCUCCUCGGCCAUGUCUCUGCAACCACAGAUGUGCCCUCAAUCCUGUUCUGGCGCGAGCUUGUGGAGGCAUACCCCGAAGCCAAAGUCGUGCUCGUGGAGCGCGAUGAGGCGAAAUGGUUGAACAGCAUCCAGGUUCUGCUUGAGGGAGUUCUCAACCCGGUGGGAAGAUAUGUGCUGCGCUUCACCGAUCCUGGGCGGACAGGCAGGAUUUUGAAUUGCGGGCUCGCAUGGACGAGUAACUGGAUGGGAGUGCCGCAGAGCGAGAGCACAGUCGCGAAGCUGAUGGGUAAGGAUAAGGCGAAUGCUAGGGCGACGUAUCGCAGGCACUAUGCGGAUAUACGUGCGACGGUGCCGCCAGAGCGUUUGCUCAAUUACAAGCUUGGCAGCGGAUGGAAGCCGUUAUGUGAGUUUCUUGGGAAGGAUAUACCGCCUGAUGAUGUGCCGUUCCCGCAUCUGAACGAUGCGAAAACGCUGGAGGCGGGGUUCGAGGUGUUGAUAUUGGGUGGCUUGAAGAAGUCGUUGGUGAACAUUGGCCUCAUUGUCGGAGUGUUGGCGGUGGGUUGGCAGUGCCUGAAGAUCUUGGUCCGGUAG